GACACUUUGUACGCGUACACCAAAACGUUAAACAAUACCGCACAAGUGUUUGUGUUCGUCGACGCUGGUGCGUGAAUAUUAAGGUCUCCCUUAUUUGACGAACGUGUACAGAAUAUCCGUUUCAAUGUUGUCUCGAGAUUCACCUGAGAUUCAGUCAAGUCCCAGACUCUGGUCGCGUCUAGACCCCUGGGGAGGCUCCAUGGAGGAGAAGGAGGAGAACCCGCUGGAGAGGGAGCAUACUCUAGCAGUGGUUCUACCAGGAGGCCUGGAGAAAACAGCCACGGUACAUGGGAGUAAACCUGUGAUGGACCUACUGGUCACACUCUGUGCCCAGUACCACCUGAAUCCAUCUGACUUCACCAUAGAACUCCAGUCAGCCAAUAGAAACAACAUCUCCUUCAAACCCAGCUCUCUCAUUGGAGCCAUGGAGGCUCACAGGAUCCUACUGAAACCUAAAGGGGGAGAGGAGAAGAUAAGGAGGCCAUACGUGCCAGAGGCCACUGUACGUCUGCUGAUCAACUACAAGAAGAACCAUAAGGCCGUUGUGAGGGUCAACCCUAGAGUCCCGCUGGAGCAGCUCGUGCCUGCGGUGUGUGAGAAGUGUGAGUUUGACCUGGAGUCCACCAUCUUACUGAGAGACAACAGCUCUGAAGAACCUUUAGACCUGACCAGGUCCCUCAAUGACUAUGGAUUGAGGGAACUGUACGCAAAGGACACGGCAGCUGUCAGUCCUGCUGUCAGUCCUGAAGUGGUUAUCACACUACCUCUCCCCGAAGAAGCACCUGUUGGAAAUACACCAUGUAAAGAGAAGAACCGGAAUGAAAAAGAGAACAGGGGAUUGUUCGGCUUAUUCAGGAGAAUUAAGAAGAAACCGGAAAAGGGUCUCUCAGUGAGUGCCCCGGCCUCGCGUGGUCUGAAAAACCAGCAGGUGGCCAGCGUCAGCAUGAACACCCUGGUUGUCCACUCCUCCAACACCCUGCCCAUGGACAACGCCAAGAAGAGACGGGCACCAAUGCCUCCCAUGGCAGGCUCCCAAAGCGUCCCAGCCAACCUCAACGUCCAGCCGUUGACCUCUAGGAAGAAGAGGAGAGCCCCCCCGCCACCCCCCUGUGCCCCCCCACUACCAUCCUCCUGUGUUAACACGCACAACGGACCACCCCAGGACCCUGAGAUCAAAGUUUCUGUCUUUACAGGGAAUGGAGUGUCACUUUACACACUGGAGGAGGAGAUUGUAGAGUGUGAGGAGGACCUGGACUCCCCAUCCUCUUCCCCAAACAUCUCCAGCCCUUUGACUCAGCCUCGAGUGCCCCCCACUCCCCCUUCUACCCCCUCCACUACCUCUCGUCCCUCUAGCACCUUUCCACCCUCCAAUCCCUACCAUCCCUCUCCUCUCUGCCCUCCCUCCCCUCCCUCCAUAGGGGAGAUGUUAACCUCUUUCCGGCUUUGUCAAACCCGGGCCAAGCUCAAGCAUCCUUCGUUCCCAACCCCAAGACCUGUCAACUCCACCAAUGGAGGCUCACCUGGGUCCUUGACACAGUCUGGUGGAAGUCAGGAACUCCGUCCCCUCUCUUUGCUCCAACUGAAGACAAAGGCCUGUGGUGAGGCUUGGAGGAGUCCCGGUCUGAGGGAGGGGAUGACCACCUUUACCGUGGUGCCCCGAGGGCAGUCCCUGAGGGGGCAGAGGGACUUGGAGGUGGACCUGACCCUGUUGAAGACCCAGGCCUCAGACCCAGCCCAAACUAUUAAUGAACACUCCAAUGGUGUUGCUGAACCUGGGUUGGAGCUCCACCAGACAAUGAAGGAAACACCUGUAUCGCUGGAGAAGUCAGAGGUUGAGGGAUCCACCCCAUUGCCUGAUAUGGAUUCUAAACGUUCUCCUCCAGGGUUUCCAGAAGGUUUUACUGACUGUGUCAUCAGUCCUCCAACCGUGUCUAAUCCUAGCGAGCUUUACCAGACCGCACCAAAUUCACCAGUGGUAGACCCACAGGAGAGUCCAGAGAUAGAAGCCCAGGAGGAGUCUGCAUCACCCACAGAUAGUCUAGACUCAGAGGUAGCAGUCCAAGAGGAGUCGGAAUCACUCUCAGAGAUACCCAACCCAUAUGCAGCUGACCUGUUGGCCCACACCAAUGGAAUACCUGGAGAUGAGGUGACCUCAACUCCUGAACUACUAGAGAGCAGGGGAUCGUUCUGGAAGCCCAGGCCGGUGAUAGAUGAGGCAGAAGAGGACCGUUUCUGUUUCCCUCCUCCCCCUCCCCCUGUGUGCUAUGAUAAGGAGGUGGAGGUGACAGAGCCGACCCAGUUACGAGUGAGGCCUCCUGGGGGAAGAACUCUCCGCCCUCCCUCUUUUCCUCCACCUUCUCUUCCUAUACUGAGUCGUACCUUCUGUGAACCAGCAGAGGGAGACAAUCAGACCAACGCCCCUUCUUCACCCAAACCGAACAUGAUUCAUUUGACUUCACCCAAACCAUACGUGCCUCCCACUGCAGCCAAAACCCUGGCCAGGAAAACCGCCAUCCCCUCCUGCUUUGCCCAGGCUGUGGCUCUAGCCGUCCGUAAGUCCCAGUCCUCCUGUCCCCGGAGGCCAGCACCAGACCUGCUUCCCCCCCGUUCGUCCCUCUCCGGCUCCUCACCCUCCUCUGCCUUACCGCUAACCAACGCGGGGCCAUAAUGGCUUCAUAGUAAAUCUGUGAAUGGAAGUUCCUGUUUAGGGUGAGGCAACUGCAGUGAAGUAGAGCCGGCCACCACAUAGUCACAUGACCUCCAAAUGGACCCCACUUAGAGGUUGAUUGACAAAUUCCAAAGAAGCCCCUGUUUUGCACUGGGAGUCAGCACGUUAUAAAAACAACGAUUAUCCAAGACUUCAUCCAAGAGUUUGGUUAGUGUACAGGUAAUUUUAUGUUCACUGAAUGUAUGUUUUUGUAUUAUGCUACCUGAAUUAAUUGGAGGCACUGCUGCCUUUUCUUAUGUUAAGAUAUUUGACUUUUAUGUGAAAGAUGUAUUUCUUAUUUGACCUUGGUAGUACAGUAUUUAUGGGAUCUACAUUUUUGUACUUGGGGUUUCCUGUUUCCUCAUUCGUGUUGAAAUGUGCCAAAACUGAGAUUAAAAAAUAUCAUUCUCUUUUUGUUUGUCAAGGACUGAACUCUGAAAUAAGACAACUUAAAAUGCGCAUUUUUAUUUUGUUACGAAUCAUUCUGUACUUAUCACACCUUUCUGAGUGAAUAAUUCUAUAUAUAUAUUUCAUGUAUCAUUACUAUAAAUAUAUAAAUAAAGGAUAAUCAACUAAAGUGUGUUGCUUUCUUUUGCCACUGGAGGGCAGGAGCACACUUCACAAAUAACUAAUGUACAGAACCACUGAGUGUUUUGUGAUCCACACUUGAUAAAUUAUUAGCAUUGAAAUAUCCAGAUAUUUAAGAAGAGCAUCAAUUAUCAUAAAUCUGCUUUGUCUUUACUGGUUAUACUUUUUUAAAUGCAUUAGUAUGUUUUAUUUCAUUCCUUCUUGAAAUAGCUUACCCAUUACUGAGUUAUGGUUGGUAUUUUACAAGGAUAUUCUGCAGGGUGCCAUGUUUAGAACAUUGCAGGAAGAUAUGUAAUAUUAAAUGUACAUGA